CUGCGCUCCCAAUCACACGUCCUCGACACCCUCCUCGAGCCGCAGGUCCGCAUCCCUCCUCCCCUGACGCGCUCCGAGCAGGCCGUCAAGGACCGCGAGAAUCUCCUCGAGACCGCCAAGGACCGCUGGAACAGGGAGGUCGAGAACGCCGUCCGGUGGGCGCAGCGGACGGACUGGGGCGAGGUCCGCGAGGGUCUCGAGAGCAGCGCGGCCCGGCUGUGGGGCGGAGCCAUCGACAAGACCGCCGAGGCGGGCGACAAGGCGGCGCCGAUCGCGAAGGAAGUCGUCGAGGGCGCGAAGCAGAAGGGGGCCAUCCUCGCCAAGGAGGAGGGCGAGAGCCUGCGCAGCGAGGCCAAGAGCGCGUGGGAGAGGGCAAGGGAAAAGACGCUCGCCGCGGAUGAGGCGGCGCGCGCGAAGGCUGCCGAGGUCAGGAAAGCCGCCGAUGCCAAGGCCGCCGAGGUCAAGGCCGUCGUGGGCGACAUCGUGGAGAAGGGCAAGCAGCAGGGCGAGGCUAUUGUCGUGAAGGCGCAGCAGGCCGUUGGAGUCGUGGAGGACAAGGUCAGCGUCAAGCAGGACGGUAAGGUCCUGCCCGCGGGAUCUCCUGUGCAAAAGGCGCUGCACCAGCGGUACGAGAAGCCGAGCGGGCUGACCAAGACGGUCAAGGAGGUGCUCGCGGAGCGCUAUCAGAAGGUUGACGAGCGGGAUAACACGCAGCUCAGAGGUCUCUGA